AUGGAGGACAGAAGCAGCCGUGCCGGCGGCAGAGAAAGGCUGGGACUGAGCUUCACUAUCGACUACCUUCUGUUCAAUAAAGGAGUCAAAGGUUCCAAAGAAGAAGCGACAGGAAGUCGUACAGCCGAGCAGACGGCGAACAACCUGCUAAAUCAUCAGAAUCCUAAAGCCGAAGAGGUGGGGAUUCGCCCUGAGAAACUGGAGAAGCGGCGGCAGAGCAGUCCGGAGAAGUCUGCAGACAAACCCAACCAGUCGUACAUCGCACUCAUCUCCAAGGCGAUCCUGGCGUCAGAGCAGAAGAAACUGCUGCUGUGUGACAUCUACCAGUGGAUCAUGGACCACUACCCUUACUUCAAGAGUAAGGAUAAAAACUGGAGGAACAGCGUGCGCCACAACUUGUCCCUGAACGAUUGCUUCGUCAAAGCAGGCCGCAGCGACAACGGUAAAGGCCACUUCUGGGCGAUUCACCCAACCAACUACCAGGACUUUUCUAACGGGGACUACCACUGUCGGAGGGCGAGGCGGAGGGUUCGCAGGGCGGCAGGACAGUUCCCCCUCUCUUCCCUGAGCUCCCUGUACCACCCUGCCCUCGCCCGGCCCCACAGAACCACCUACUGGUGCUGCCCUCAGGCCCAAACAGUCCCUCUGUCCUGUUUGGCUCCCAGACUCUACUGGCCCUGGUCCAGCGUGCAGCCACAACUGGGGUUCCACCCGAGCCUUCAUGCCUCUGUACUCUGA